UAGUUUCCGUAGUCAACUUCCUAAUGUAGCAGCACGCGUGUCGACAGUUUUUACUACCAGAAAUGAACAUCAUACCAUGUAUAAAAUGGGUAAAACGUGGUGUAGCCAAGUCUAUUCCCGAUAAAGUUAAACUGAGUGAGGAUGAAUUAAGGCGAGUUAUAGAAGACACCAAGGACAAAAUCGAUGUCCUUGAUGAUGAAGAUGAUGAACAAGAAGAGGAUAAUGAUGAUGACAAAAUAAGUGAAGAUGAUAAACUUGGAACUACUGAAAGGGGAGACAAGCGUAAAUUGGACGAUGAUGAUGACAUUGAGACAAAAUAUGAUUUGGCGGAUUAUGAUGAGGACGACGAAGCUGUGGAUAUGCUGAAGGGGAUUGGUAAUUUGACAUACUACGCAUCAAACUCUGAAGAUCCCUAUGUCACACUAAAAGAAGAGGGAGACAGUGAUGAUGAAGAUUUUGAAAUCAAAGCCACAGAUAACCUGAUUGUGGUGGGAAAGGCAGAGAAAGAGUACUGCUGCAUAGAGGUGUAUGUGUACAAUGAAGACCUGGGGAAUCUGUACGUCCACCAUGAUAUUAUUCUCUCCUCCUUCCCUCUGGCUGUAGAGUGGCUGAAUUAUGAUGUCGGGGAAGACAAACCAGGAAAUUUUGUGGCUGUGGGCACUAUGGAGCCCAUAAUAGAAAUUUGGGAUCUGGAUCUAGUGGACUCAUUAGAACCUGUGGUGGUGCUAGGGUCAAAGGUCAAGUCAAAAAGCAAAAAGAAGAAAACAGAUGGUCAUACAGAUGCUGUUCUUGAUUUGGCUUGGAAUGCUAAUGUUAGGAAUGUCCUUGGAAGUGCCUCGGCAGACUGUACAGUAAAACUCUGGGAUUUGUCAGAAGGAAAACCAGCAACAACCAUCAGUCAACACGAAGACAAGGUUCAGUGCCUAGCCUGGUGUCCCUCAGAUUCUUCCUGUCUCCUGUCUGGAUCCUUUGAUAACACAGUGAAAAUGUUUGACUGUAAAGACCCCAAUAAAAAUUUUAAAAGCUGGACUCUCAAUGGUGAAGUGGAAAAUAUCUUGUGGGAUAAAUUCAAUCAGACAAAUUUUUAUGCCACAACAGAUAAGGGGCAUGUGUUUUACAUGGACAAAAGAUCAACCAAACCAGUGUUCACACUUUCUGCACACAAUGAGGCUGUGACAGGUCUCUGUCAGAGUUCCUCAGUCCCUGGAUUACUGGUGACAACCUCCACAGACAAGACAAUGAAGAUCUGGGAUGUGCAAGACAAUAAACCCUCAACAGUUCUGGAACGAAACCUUAAGCUGAAUCAACUUUUUUGUGUUGAUGCAUGUCCAGAAGCACCAUUUGUUUUUGCUGUUGGUGGAGAGAAAGAAAUUAAAGUAUGGGACAUAAGGGAGAGUGCUACAGUGAGAAAACACUUUGCCUCUAGAGCACCUGUUGGUGUAACCAUGGAUGGAGAUGGUGAUGUGAAGGAAGAGAUGGAGGAAGCCAUGAGUGGGAUGAUGAUAGACAAAGAAGAAGAGGAAGAUGUCCAGACCCUGCUGGGAGAAGGGGCCUCACCCGCCCCCACCACCGGCAAGAAGAAAAAGAAGAAGAAGAAACGGAAAAAGCAAUCAGAGAAUUAAUUGUCAAUUGUGUUUUAACUUGUUGGAGGGGUCAC